CGCAUAGUUUCUCGGUUUCUUGAAACGUUUGCUGUUUGCAAUUUGUUUUUCUAUUUUAUCAAAAACGAUAUUUAUUUUAUUUUAAUACAACGGUUUUUAUAUCUGAAUGUUACAACAUCACGUUGAGUGCUAUUUUAAUUAAAAAUCUCAUUGGAAGUCUAUUUUUUUGUUUAAAAUAAUGACGAAAGAAGAAGUUGUGGUUAAAAAAUCGCCGGAUAAUAAUGAUGUUGAAAAUAAAGGAGCAAAUGACGCUGGAUCUGAUCCAUCAGCACCGAUAACACGAAGAGGAGUUUUAACUUCGUUUCUUUCGGGAAAACCAAUGGAAAUUCCCGAACAAGAUGUUCUGGGAAAAUGCAGAUUCGUCUCGGAGUUUGAGAAAUUAAAUCGAAUUGGCGAGGGGACAUAUGGAAUUGUUUAUCGUGCUCGCGACACAAAAAGCGAUAAAGUUGUUGCAUUGAAAAAAGUACGAAUGGAACAUGAAAAAGAUGGAUUACCAGUUAGUGGCCUACGUGAAAUAAGUGUAUUAUUGUCCUGUCGUCACGAGAAUAUUGUACAUUUAAAGGAAGUUGUCGUUGGCAAAAGUCUCGAGAGUAUAUUUCUUGCAAUGGAAUAUUGCGAACAGGAUCUUGCGAGUCUAUUGGAUAAUAUGCAAGCGCCAUUUUCCGAGAGUCAAGUUAAAUGCAUUAUGCUACAAGUAUUAAAAGGAUUGAGAUAUUUACAUCAUAAUUUUAUUGUUCAUCGUGAUCUUAAGGUGUCAAAUUUAUUAAUGACCGAUAAGGGUUGCGUGAAAAUUGCCGAUUUUGGAUUGGCACGUUGGUUUGGACUGCCGCACAAGGCAAUGACGCCGCGUGUUGUUACACUUUGGUAUCGUGCACCUGAAUUAUUAUUGCAGGCAAAAACUCAGACAACGUCCGUUGAUAUGUGGGCAGCUGGUUGUAUUUUAGGUGAAUUAUUGGGACAUCGGCCAUUAUUGCCGGGACGUUCGGAAAUUGCCCAAUUGGAAUUGAUUGUCGAUUUACUUGGUACGCCGAGUGAAGCUAUUUGGCCGGAAUUCAAUUCAUUGCCGGCAUUGCAAAAUUUCACGUUAAAACAACAGCCGUACAAUAAUUUAAAGCAACGUUUUCCAUGGCUAAGUGCCGCUGGUCUUAGGCUUCUUAAUUUUCUUUUUAUGUACGAUCCAAAAAAGCGUGCGACUGCCGAGGAAUGCCUACAAAGUAGUUACUUCAAGGAGGCUCCGUUGCCUUGUGAUCCGAAAUUUAUGCCAACAUUUCCACAACAUAGAAAUAUGAAGAAAACCUCUGCACCAAAGGAAACACGUGAACCAGAAACUGCAGUCAGUGAUCAGACUAACAAUCUACCAGCAAUUUCAGAUCUCCUUGGAUCACUGGUGAAGAAGAGACGAGUAGAAUAAUUUAAUUGCAGUAAAUUUAGAAGUAAGCAUUUUUUUUUUAAAUAAUUAAUUUAGCAAUUGCUUAAAUUUAAGAAAAAAAAAUACUAUAUAACUUGUAUAUAUUCUAUAUAUAUAUUUAU